GUUCCAGGAGAAAGUGAUAAUUUACACUUUUUCUUCCUUGCUGAAAUGUUUUAGAAACUUAGAAAUGUUUAGUGAAACAGAAAAACGAAGUUUUACAAUCGCAACUUUUAUUUUUUCAGUACUAGUAGACUCAUAAUGCUAAAAUUAAAAGUGAAAGUAGCAAAGAUGUGAGAGCAAGCUCCAGUCUUUUGAUCUUUUCUCAAACGAAUCAUAAAAUUUCCGGAAGUAUCCUCUGCUCAACGAUUCCUUUCAUCAUGAAAGAAAGGGAUUUCAUUUUUAUUGUUAUAAAAUGUGCGCUGUUCGUCAUUCCAAUUGAAGGAAAUUAUUCGGGUAUUAAUUUACCUGAGGGUCAUCUAAAAUAUUAUUUCAAUUCUUUUCCUGCGGAGGCGGAAAAGUGUCGGAAUGAUGUAGCCUGUCCAUAUAAGAAUCAUUUGAAUACUAAAGCCUGCUGGGGUUAUGAAGCAAAUUGUAAACCUGAGAAUUCUUUCUCGAUUCCACACUGCCCUGGUGAACAUAAAGGAUGGGUCGCCACCAAAAGUGCUCAACUCGAUACAUUCUAUGCUCAAGGGGAUUUUGGUUACGUGAGAGAUCAAAGACGUGAAAUGAUGAUUCUGUGUGAACCGCUUUUUGUGGAAGACUCUUCCCUAGAGUGUACAGAACACAUGCGUUUUUGUAGAGGGCGAAAUAUUAUGAUAAAUUUCACUGAUUUGAUAAACAGAAGUGAACCAAUCCGAUAUAAAAUGGACGUCUUGAAAGAGGGAGAUAUUGGCGGAUACUGCAAGUUAAAUAAAAAAAGGCUGGAGGAACAAGCAGAUCAUAUCAGUCCCUUACAGUCUUGGGGACCCGAAAUACGAAAUUUUCGCAGUUUGCCACGUAAGCCAAUUGUCGAUGGAGAUUGUGAUGUGGUUAUUGAAAAGCCCACAUUUAUCAUGAAAAUUGAUGCUACAGUAAACAUUUAUCAUCAUUUCUGCGAUUUUCUCAAUUUAUACGCUUCGCUGCACGUAAAUCUUUCACAUCCAACAGCUUUUAAUCGAGAUAACCACAUUAUGAUAUGGGAAAGUUACAGUUACCGAUCAAUGUUUCAAGAAACAUUUGCGGCAUUCACAUCCAACCCUCUCUGGGAUUUGAAAACUUUUCGAGGAGAAACAGUUUGUUUCAAAAAUGUGGUAUUCCCUUUAUUGCCAAGAAUGAUUUUUGGAUUAUAUUAUAAUACACCACUCAUAUAUGGUUGCCAAAAAAGUGGUCUCUUCGAAGCUUUUGGGGAUCAUGUCAUGCAUCAUUUAGGUAUUACCCUGCACGAGAGAAAAGACGCGAAAGUGCGAGUCACUCUGCUCAGCAGAGACACGCAAUACAGAAGAAUUUUAAAUGAAAACGAGUUGGUCAAGGCUUUAAAGAAAAAUCCAAACUAUAGGGUCAAAAAGAGUACCAAUAAUAAUUCUACAAGACGAGAAUUUAAUUUUCAACAUUGACAUCAGUAAAUUAUUGUAAAUUGUGAAAAUAGUAAAUGUCAAUGAAAUUUUCUUUUUAAUUUAC